AUGGGAGUUCCCUUCGAGGCUUUGCUCCCUUAUGGGAUCAUCAUCGGUUUGUUCGGUGUGACUGGUGUCGGUCUUUCGACUCUCAAAUACUAUUCAAACGGCCGCAAGAACCCAAGAAGAGGAAUUGAUGCGUGGGAUCAGCAAAGUAAGUUGCAGCAUUGGCUUGCGAACCUGUUACGUUUCAGACCGCCUACAACAAUUCGAUUACUGACAUAA